AUGAAUUCCACCCAACAACGCCCAUCUCAUGCUUCCCAUGGCAGCUCCCGGAGCUACUUGGCUUGGUUCUUCAUCAUCACAAUCAUGCUCUACGUUCUCUACUCUUCCAACCACCUCCUCACGGAUGACCACCAAGACUGUCCCAUUCCCCAGGAUAUUUCCACCCAAGCUAAUCUUCAAAACCCCAUGCCUCUCACCAACUUCUCUACCGCUCCUCUUCAACUCAAAGUACAAGAAGAAGAAGAACCAAAAGAACAAGAAAAAGAGAACUUGGAAUUUGCACUUCCUUUGAGCUCACAGCUUUUCGAUACUGAACUCAAACACAUCGUUUUUGGGAUCGCGGCAUCAUCAAAAUUGUGGGAGCAAAGAAAGCAGUAUAUAAAACAAUGGUGGAGACCAAGGGUGACGAGGGGAGUUGUUUGGUUGGAUAAGCCAGUGAGGACGAGAAGAAACGAAGGAUUGCCCCUAAUUCAGAUAUCGAGGGACACUUCAAGAUUCAAGUACACAAAUCGCCAGGGAGACAGAUCUGCAUUGAGGAUUUCCAGGGUGGUUUCAGAGACACUCAGGCUUGGUAUGAAGGAUGUAAGGUGGUUUGUGAUGGGCGAUGAUGAUACGGUUUUUGUGGUGGACAAUGUGGUGAGGAUUCUAUCUAAAUAUGAUCAUCGUCAGUUCUAUUACAUUGGAAGCUCCUCUGAAAGUCAUACCCAAAAUAUAUUUUUCUCGUAUGCGAUGGCAUAUGGUGGGGGCGGGUUUGCUAUCAGCUACCCCUUGGCAAUUGAGUUGGCAAAGGUACAGGACCGGUGCAUUCAACGAUAUCCAGGUUUAUAUGGAAGUGAUGAUAGGAUGCAGGCUUGCAUGGCUGAGCUAGGAGUGCCACUAACCAGAGAAGCAGGAUUUCAUCAGUAUGAUGUGUAUGGAGACCUAUUGGGCCUUCUGGCAGCUCAUCCUAUAACUCCAUUGGUAUCAAUUCACCAUCUUGAUGUAGUGGACCCGAUUUUCCCAGGGAUGAGUCAAGUCAAAUCCCUCCAACGGCUCUUCCAAUCCGUUAAGCUCGACUCAUCUAGCAUAAUGCAGCAGUCCAUCUGCUAUGACAAGAAACGUAGCUGGUCCAUCUCCAUCUCAUGGGGCUAUGUGGUUCAAAUCCUAAGGGGAAUAGUCUCCCCCAGAGAGCUUGAGAUGCCCACAAGAACCUUUCUUAAUUGGUACAGAAAAGCUGACUACACUGCUUACGCAUUCAACACUAGGCCAGUGACCAAGCACCCCUGCCAGAAGCCCUUCAUUUUUUACAUGAGCACAACUAGGUUGGACCGAGCUAGAAGGCAAACAGUAGGAGUCUACUCACGUCACAGAGGUCGCCACCCUGCUUGCAGGUGGAAGAUGGACUCGCCUGAAAAAAUCGACUCCAUUACAGUCCUCAAAAGGCCAGAUGAUCUUCGCUGGCAGAGGUCGCCAAGGAGGGAUUGUUGUAGAGUUUUGCCAUCAAGGAGGAGCUCGUCUAUGUACCUAUGGGUGGGCAACUGCCGAGAAAGUGAAAUUAGUAUAGAGCAGCAAUAG